CUACCCGGGCUCCGGGCUCCGGGCCCGCACCGCCCCAGGUGGCAGAGGGGGCAGGCGGCCGUCCGCGCCGCUCGGUCACUUGCUGCAGACGGGCCCCGCUGCGCCCGCGCCAGACAUGGCCCCUCCCCGGCCGGCCGCGCUCUGCCCGGACCCCCGCCCCCUGCUCGGUGCUGGCCCCGGGCCCCUCGCCCCGCACUCGCCCGGGCGCACCGCAGGGCUUGGAAAGCAGCCCCGGCGAACGAAAAGGCGAGUGAGGAGGCGGGCGCGGGUGGGAGGAGCAGCCAGCAAGCCUAGGAGUCCAGAGAGCCAGCGCCGGGGAGGCAGCGAGGAGGCAGGCGGGCCGGCGAGCGCUCCUUCUUCCCGCUCCUCUGGCGCUCUCGCCCUCGGGCGGCGGCGACCCACCCUCUUCCAACCUCUGGCGCGGAUAGCAGGGGCCUCGGGGCGCUCUCCCAGCCUUGCGCGCCCUGGAUCGCACAAGAGGCCGCCUCGGGAGCGCCAGAGUGAGCGCUCGACAAAUGUUUACCGAGUGCCCACGGGGUGCCUAGAGCCUGGCGGGACGUCGCGGGGAUGCGGCUGGAGGAAUCCGAGCCGGCCCUGCCCUCUCGGCACUCGCGGUCUGGACCAGGAAGGCGGCCCGAGCCGGACGGACACCCAGCGCACUGGGGACCGGAUCAGCGAUCUUCGCCGCACCCCUGGUACCCGCAGUGCCUUGAACCCAGCGCCUGGUAGCCACUGUAGCUGCGCAGUCACGAUUUGUUGAGGGAGUGGCCUACCUGUCGCCUGUUGGGAGCACUUGCUUCUGCUGGACACCUGCUAAGCCUGCACUGCCCAAGCCCACAUCACCCACAACUCCUCACUGCAUGGAGAGGCUGGUUCUGCUCCUCAGAGUUUGGAGAAGGAGGAGCAACGUCCAGAGAGCACCUUGUCCAGAGUCAGACAGCCAAUCUGUAAUGGAGCCAGGAUCCAAAGCCACAUCUGUCUACACAGCCCAGGCCUUUAAGCAUCAGUGCACGUUCAGUGACCUGAGAGCAGCCCCUUCCUUCCUUGCUUUAACCUAAAGCAACACUUCUCCAACCAAACUGUGCAUGUGAAUCCCCUGGGGGUCUGUUAGAACAUAGAUUCCCACAGUCAGUCUGAGUGGGCUGAGAUUCUGCACUUCUAACUAGCUCCUGGGGGCUUGGAGGCUGUGGUCUUCAGGCUGUAUGUUGAGGAUCGAGGCUCUAGAUUUCUGAAGUUAUAGGUGACAAAUUGGGGCUUCAAAUUAAAACUUCAAUAUCUGUGAUUCCAGGUGUCUUUUUAAAUUAACUCAUUAAUUCUCCCAACUACCUUAUAUGAUUUUUA